CGGGCUCAAGAAUCAAGUAAAAUUUUCUACUUUCAUUUUAUCAUGAGUUACUUGCUUGAGUCAUUGGAGACCAAAGAAGACGUAGACAGAGCUAUUUCAAAGACCACGGACGUUGUUUUAUUACUGAGAUUUGGUAGAGACCAAGAUUCAACAUGCUUACAACUAGAUCAUUUGCUUGCCAAAUGUUCUCAAGAAUUGGCGAAUAUGGCUAAAAUCUACAUUGUUGAUGUUGAUAAAGUUCCAGUUUACACCAAAUACUUCGAUAUUACCCUGAUACCAUCUACCAUAUUCUUCUUCAAUGCUCAGCACAUAAAGGUUGACUGGGGUACCCCAGACCACACCAAAUUCAUAGGCAGUUUCAGAAACAAGCAGGACUUAAUAGAUGUGGUAGAAGUUAUAUACAGAGGAGCAAUGAAGGGCAAGGUUAUUGUUACAAGCCCUCUGGACCCGGCCAACGUCCCAAAAUAUGAGCUUAUUUACAAGGACAUUUGAUGGUCUUUAAUCUGCUUAGUUAUGUACAUUUGCCAAGAUGUGCACUACAUGGGUAUUGCCUAAUAUGGAUCAAGAUGAUCAAAUUCAUGCAUUUCCUUCAAUGCAAUUUAUGUAGAUCUAUACACUGAUUGGAUUGCUUUUUUCAGUCAAUGGUCAGGAGUGUGACUGUGUUGGGGGGCUGACCAUUAAUUGGCUCAUACUUAAAUCUGAAAUCUGAAAAAUUAAUUUGCAAUGAAAUCCUUGAAUUGUUUGUGCCAAGAUUUAACUUGGUGAUUCUUUUGCAUGCUCUUCAUUCAUUCAGGACUAUUAUGACUUCCAGUUCACAGUUGUUGUUUUUUUUUUUCAACAUCCAUAUGAAAUUUAUACUUAAAAAUUUGACACCAUUCUGGAUGCAAGACAGAUUAAGACGGAAUCAUUUUUUGUAAUGCUUACUUUACUUAGUCCUCUUUGUGCUUUGAGCACAUAAGGCCUGCAUAUGUAGGUCACCUGAGUCACUCAGGUGACCUAUUGCUAUCUGUUUUCGUCCGUCGGCGUGUGUCGUCAGUCGUCCGUCGUGUGUUAACAUUUGAACAUUUUCAGCUUCUUCUCUCAAACCACUCAACCAAUUUCAACCAAUUUUUGCAUAUGGCAUCUAUGGGUGAAGAGAAACAAAAUUUAUGAAUUUCAUGGUCCCUGCCCCCCUGGGGGCCUGAGGGGUGGGGCCAAAACCACUAAAAUUAGUGCAAUCUUUAAAAAUCUUCUUCUUUACUCCUGGACAUCAAGCAGUCAAACUGUUGGCAUGAUUGUAAUAAGCAAUGAGCCCUCUACCAAAAUUGUGAAAUUCAUGGCCCCAGGGUCAGGGGUUCUGGUGCUAGGGCGGGGCUCUGUUGAAUAUAUUGUGAAAAUAUAUUAUUUCUUUAAAAAUCUUCUCCUCUGCUUCUGGGUAUUAAGCUGAUAAACUAUUUAGAUAGUAAUGAUUAGGAAUGAUGCCUCUUCCAAAAUUGUGAAUUUCACGGCCCCUGGAUCAGGGGUUCUGGUGUUAGGGCGGGGCUUUAAUGAUUAAAUAUAGUGAAAAUGUAUUAAUUUUUGAAAAUCUCCUCCUCUGCUCCUGGGUAUAAUGCCAAUGAUCUAAUUACAUAGUUAUGAUGAGCAAUGGUGCUUCUUCAUGAAUUUAGAAUUUCAAGGCCCCUGGGUCAGGGAUUCUGGUGUUAGGGUGGGGCUUUAAUGAUUAUAUAUAGUGAAAAUGCAUUAAUUCUUGAAAAUCCCCUCUGCUCCUGGGUAUAAUGCCAAUGAUCUAAUUACAUAGUUAUAAUGAGCAAUGGUGCUUCUUCAAGAAUUUAGAAUUUCAAGGUCCCUGGGUCAGGGAUUCUGGUGUUAGGCAGGGCUCUAAUGAUUAUAUAGUGAAAAUGCAUUAAUUCUUUGAAAAUCUUCUCCUCUGCUCCUGGGAAUUAUGCUGAUGAUCUAAGUACAUAGUUAUAAUGAGGAAUGGUGCCUCUUCCAAAAUGAUGAAUUUUAUGGCCCCUUGGUCAGGGGUACCAUAGGGGGGGGGGGGGGAGCUCUAAUGAUCAUAUACUGAAAAUGAAUUAAUGCUUUGAAAACUGCUGUUUGGUAUUAAUCAACCAUUUAUGAUGAGCAAAGAUGCCUUUUCGAAAAUUGUGAAGUAUGUGGCCCCAGGGUCAGUGGUUCCUGUGGGAUGUGGCACUACUGGUUAUAUAGUGGAAAUGCAUUUUUCUUUGUUCCUCUGAUCUGCCUCUGGGUAUUAAGUAAUCAAAAUAAGCAUUCUAAGUGUAUAGUUAUGAUUAUCAGUUGUGCCUCUUUCAGAAUUGUGAAUUUCAUGGCCUCUGGUUAAAACAUGAACCAAAUUCAAUUGUUGGAAAGUUGUUGCAUGAUACUCAGGUGACCUAUAAGGCCCGUGGGCCUCUUGUUCGUAACGAUGUUAUCAAAUUCUAGUAAUAAAGGCGCUUUGUCUGAUCUUAAUUAUUUCAGUGAAAAUAAAACAUAAUUAAAAUUA